AUGACGAGCGCCAAUGUCUCUGGCAGCGGAUUCGGCCUUGCCGAACGGGCCGUCAAUCAGUUUGCAGAGCAUACCGCCGUGGCCUGCCUCAUCGGCAUCGCCUGGUACAAUGCCCUGGAGUUGAUCGUUCUUUGCUUCGCGACCUUCAAGCGCUAUGGCGGCUGCUACUUCUGGUGUCUGCUCAUCGCCUCCUUCAGCAUCAUCCCCUUCGGCCUUGGAUACCUCCUCAUCAUCUACGACAUCUAUGAUAACCUCUUCCCCGUCGCGAUGGAGCUGAUCGCCUGGGUGGGCAUGGUGACCGGGCAGUCCCUCGUGCUCUGGUCCCGACUCCAUCUCGUCGUGCACAGCCAAAGCGUCCUUCGCUGGACCCUCGCCAUGAUCAUCGUCGACGCCAUUCUCUUCCACAUCCCCGCCGCUGUGCUCGAACUCGGCUCCCACUCCAAUCAAUCGGCCCGCUUCACUCCGGCCUUCAAUAUCUUCGAACGCAUCCAGCUUAUCGCCUUCUCCCUGCAAGAGGCCGUGCUAUCCGCCAUCUAUUCCUGGGAAGCUGUGCGUCUCCUGAAUCUCCGCCCGCGCGGCCACUACCGCGGCACUCUAGUCCAGCUGCUAGUCGUCAAUCUGGCCAUGAUCCUGAUGGAUGCAGCCAUCAUCGGCGUCCAGUAUUCCGGCCUCUUCGAUAUUCACGUCACCCUCAAGGCCUUUGUCUACAGCGUCAAGCUCAAGCUUGAAUACGCCAUCCUCGGCAAGUUGGUCAUCUUUGCGGAGGCGAGCGGCAGCAACUCCGCGCCCACCGACCUGUCCGAUUUCGUCGAUCUCUCCUUCCACCCGAACCAAUAUCCUGCGGAUAGCGACAGCCAGGCUCGCAUGUGUGAUACCCCGGAGUACCAACUUCACCACCGCUUGCACGGGUCCAAGCAGCCCGACGAUCCGCGGUCAAGCCUUUCGGCCACGACUAGCCCGAGUAACGAGAUCCCAUGA